CGACAUGACGCACUCGCGUCCAGCUCAGCUGCAACUCAGCUCGGAACCGAACCGUCCCGAGCAACAUGCGCGAUGGCGAGUGUGGAGGCAGCCGCCGAGCACGAGCGAAUCCUGCGCGAGAUAGAGAGCACGGACAGCAACUGCAUCGGCCCGACGCUGCGGUCGGUGUACGAUGGCCAGGAACACGGCCUGUUCAUGGCCAAGCUGGACGCUCGGAUCAGGAACCACGACCGCGAGAUCGAGAAGAUGUGCAACCACCACUUCCAGGGCUUCGUCGACUCCAUCACGGAGCUGCUGAAAGUGCGCGGCGAGGCGCAGAAGCUGAAGAGUCAGGUGACCGCGACCAACCGGUCCAUUCAGGGCGACGGCAAAGAGCUCACGAGCUCCAUGGAGGAGCUGAGACAGUGUCGGGUGCAACAGAGAAACAUUGCGACCACCAUUGACAAACUCACGCACUGCCUGCCAGUCUUGGAGAUGUACGGACGCCUUCAGGAGCAAAUGGACGCCAAAAGGUAUUACCCUGCGCUGCGCACCUCGGAACAGCUGGAGCAGACGUGUCUUCCCAGGGCCGGACAGUACCGGUUCUGCGCCAUCAUGGCUGAAAACCUUCCCAAGUUGCGGACGCAGAUCCGCGACACGGCCAUGACCCAGCUGAAGGACUUCCUGGAGAGCAUCCGAAAACACUCGGACAAGAUCGGAGAGACGGCCAUCAGACAGGCCCAGCUGCAGCGCUCGCUGGACAGCUCCAUCUCCGCGCAGCCCAGCGCCCCCGUUGGCCGACGACCCAGGAGAGAGGCGGCGGCCGGCGGGGUCGCGCAGAGCAACGGGCAGGCCGGCAGGCUAGAAGCGGACGAAGAGGAGGCUGAUCAAGUGACCGGUGCUCAGGACUUGGUGGACUUCUCACCGGUGUACCGCUGUCUACAUAUCUACACUGUGCUGGGUUUGCGUGAUGUGUUUGAGAACUACUACCGAAAGCAGCGGCGGAAACAGGCUCGCCUCGUGCUGCAGCCGCACUCUAACAUGCAUGAAACGCUGGAAGGCUACCGACGCUACUUCAAUCAAAUCGUCGGGUUCUUUGUGGUGGAGGACCACGUGCUUCACACCACGCAGGGUUUGGUCAACAGAGCCUACGUGGAGGAGCUCUGGGAGCUGGCGCUGUCCAAAAUCGUGGCUGCUCUGAGGACGCACUCUUCCUACUGUGAUGACCCGGACCUGGUGCUUGAUCUGAAGAACCUCAUUGUCCUCUUUGCUGACACACUUCAGGGCUACGGCUUCCCGGUGUCCCAGCUCUUCGACAUGCUGCUGGAGAUGAGGGAUCAGUACAGCGAGAUCCUCCUCAAGAGAUGGAACGUCACCUUCAGGCAGGUGUUGGACCAGGACAACUUCGGUCCCAUCCUGGUGUCCACGGAGCAGGAGUACAGACACUACACGUCCCAGUUUCCCCUGCAAGACCCCGAGCUGGAGAAGCUUCCCUUUCCCAAGAAGCUUCCCUUCUCCGAGUUUGUGCCAAAAGUCUACUGCCAGCUCAAAGAGUUCAUCUACGCUUGUCUCAAGUACUCUGAAGACCUGCACCUCAGCUCCACAGAGGUGGAUGACAUGAUCCGCAAAUCCACCAAUUUGCUGCUGACCCGAACCCUGAGCCACUGUCUGCACUACGCCAUUAAGAAGAAGAAUGUCGGGCUGGCUGAGUUGGUGCAGGUGAGCAUCAACACCACCCACCUGGAGCAGAGCUGCCAUUUCCUGGAAGAGUUUAUAUCAAACAUCACCAAUGUCCCUCCGGACACGGCCAACGCGACCAAGCUGUACGGGACGUCCACGUUUAAGGACGCUCGUCACGCAGCCGAGGCGGAGAUCUACACCGGCCUCAACGCCAAAAUCGACCAGUUCCUCCAGCUGGCAGAUUACGACUGGAUGGCGGGCGUGCCCAGCGGCGCCGCGCCGACACCCAGCGACUACCUGCUGGACUUGAUAGCCUUCCUGAAGAGCACCUUCAGUGUCUUCACCAACCUGCCUGGCAAAGUGGCGCAGACGGCGUGCAUGUCGGCGUGCAAGCACAUCUCCACGUCGCUGCUGCAGCUGCUGCUCGACCCCGAGGUCAAGCAGAUCUCCAUGGGGGCGCUGCACCAGCUCAACGCCGACGUCUACGAGUGCGAGGGUUUUGCCAGAGCCGGCCCGGUCGCAGGCUUCCAGGGUGACACGUUGCUUCUGGCCUUCAGUGACUUGAGACAAUUGCUGGAGUUGUUCACGCACUGGGACUGGUCCAGCUACCUGGCCGACUACGGCAAAACCAGCUGCAAGUAUCUGCGCGUGAACCCGCACGCCGCGCUGGCCCUGCUGGAGAAGAUGCGGGAGAGCAGCAGGAAGAACGUGGUCUUCGCGCAGUUCCGAAAGACGGAGCGCGACAGGCAGAAGCUCAUCGACGCUGUCGUCAAGCAACUGCGUAACCUCAUCGCGCAGCACCACGCCUGAACGGACAGCGCACACCCCUCUUCCGAAUAAAAAGGGACGUCGAUGCAUUCGCACUAAUGGGAAUUUGGUUCUUUUCACUUGACAAUAAAUGUUCUGACCAACACUCGAA